AUGCGUGCUACUCGGGGCACUCGUCGCACCCUGCUGGGAAUAUUGGAGGGCAGAGUCAAGCUUGGUGAGGAGCACCACAGUCCCAGAGCCAUGAAUCCCAAAGGGGAUAAGCCGAAGUCGAAGAUUUCGGCAUCUCGCAAGCUCUCCCUCAAAAUGCUGCUCCUCACAAGAGCUUGUGAGGAUUUGGAGAGGGAGAAGCAGGAUCGGGAGGAGGAGAAAGUGCGUUACCUAGGAGAUAAGUUGCCCCCAUUGCAGCUGUCGGGGCUUUCACUGGAUGACCUACAAAAACUGUGCAAACAACUUCAUGAAAAGAUUGAUGUUGUGGAUGAGGAGAGAUAUGACUGUGAACACAAAGUGGUCAAACACAACAAAGAUAUCCAUGAGCUGAAACUGAAAGUACAGGACCUUGGAGGAAAAUUCAAAAAGCCUGCCCUAAGGAAAGUGAGAGUAUCAGCAGAUGAGAUGAUGAGAGCUCUUCUGGGCUCCAAACACAAGGGCUCCAUGGACUUGAGAGCUAACCUCAAGUCUGUGAAGAAGGAGGAUGUCAAACAAGACAAGGUGCUCACCUCUGAGGUGGGUGACUGGCGUAAGAACGUUGAGGCCAUGUCAGGCAUGGAGGGCCGCAAGAAGAUGUUUGACACAGCUGGUGGAGCACAGUGAGACGGACCAGACAAAGGAGAUCAUCAUCUAAAAGCAGGGGGAAACACAAUAGUUUCAGCAUGCUCAUCAGGAGGCUUGCUGACAUUUGUUUCCCAGCUUUUUUGAGUGCAAUGACUCAAGCCAUGUUAACUGACUAGAGACACACUUUUUUGAUAUUAAAAAUAUUUUGUUUUUGUGUUAUGACACUUUAGACAGGGGGAAUAUACAGGGGGAAAUUAAUCUAUUUUCAGGCUUUGUUGUUCCAUAUCUGUUCUUGACUUUAUCAUGUUUCAUUUUACUGCCAACUGUUGCUUUAUGCGUGGUACGUAAGAGAGUGACUUAACUUAUGAUGGAUUAAAAAAAAGAAAGAUAAAAACCUGAGGGAGGGGGAGUGACCAAUAUCCCCAAAUUGAAAAUGCAAAUAUGAUGGGAAGAAAAGUCUGUUAAAUUGGGAAUCCUGCCAAAUAAAGAUAUUUUUGGUUUAAAUAAUUCCUCUUGAUGAGUCAUAUUUAGCUGAAGUUAAGGGAGGAAUCAACACCUUAACUAACUUUCAAGCAGCUUGUUCACUUCAAACGUCUGGAUAAUUCUCGCUCACAAAGUCAGCCUUCAAAACUUGAAGCCUGAGAAGGACACAUUGAUUGGGGUGACACAAACCACUGACACUGCAGCCGGACACAUAGCACGCAUUCCUGUGCUUCCUCUGAGUGUGUGUCACUGGGCUGACUGGCUGAUGCCACCAAGCCUCUGUCAUUUGAAGAAUGACAGUAAGACCAACAAUAGCUUUAUGCUCUGUGUUAAGUGAAUUUUAGCUGACAUAUUGUACGCUUUUUAUGGGAUAGAGAAUGCAUCACAAAUACUGCAUCGAAAAUAGAUUAUUAAAAACCUGUCUGAUAUCCAGACUUUAUCAUUAAUCAGUAUUGAACAUCACACUUACAAAUAUGCCCAUGCUGAAAAGCUCUUUCAUAACCUCUGCUGCCCUUGGAGUCAGCCUUUGUGAGCUGAUAAUGAAAAGCAACCCAGGUCUCAAUACGCCUUUUGGAACUAAAGAUAGGCACAAACAUGAGCGCAUUCACAUAGAACAAAUGUUCCAGGAAUAUCCAGAGUGCUUUCAUGUCAA